ACAGUUUACUUAGUAAAAGAAGACUUCUUCUGGCGUAGAGGAUUUUCUACUGUCAGUACUGUACUGCUUAGUACAGGACUGCCACUAAAGAAGACUAGUCACAGAGAACCUCUGGACUAAUUUACAGUCAAAUCCACCCCUGGCCCUCAUCUCUUUUCCCGUUGCUCCCCUGAAAAACCCAAACAUCCUCCUCAGAAGGACAUCAGCGACUCCCCUCCACCCCUCUACUCCCCCAUCCUCCUCCCCCUCUGCCUAGUUCUCAUGUUCCUCCUCCGGGGAGGUCGGAGAGCAAGGGGCACACACGUGGCCAGCUGCCCAGGCUCGAGGCCACGGUGACAGACAUGGGGCUCAAGAGGAGGCUGGGGCUGUGCUUCCUGGGUGUCAUCUCCCUGCUGGUCAUCUACAUCCUGUGUUUGAGCCUGGAGAUCACCAUCCCCUGGCGCAUGGUCAACCUGAACCUGUCACACUUCCCUGGUCUUGGGUACACACAGGAACCAAACAGGUCACAUUACUCUGAAGACUCUAUUGACGGCAACACACCGUCAGAUGGUUUGGACAGCCUACACACUGGUUCAACACCAACAACACAUUUAAGGUUAAAGGUACAGUCCACAUCCCCUGUCGGAGUCAGACCCUCAAUGAAACCUGGAGCCAGGGCCAGGACUACCAAGGGUCAAAAUAUUAAAGGUGCUCUCCUCUCCAAUUCAACCAAACCAACAGAGCCACCCUUCAUUGGAGACAGUUACUACAGCGAAGUCGCCCCACCUCAAACCGACUGUCCAAACAGUAUUCGUAGCAGGGUUCCCCAGACAGACUUUGGGGUGAGAUAUCUGGGCAGGAUCCCUGUCCUCCAGUGGGCCAAGCAUGCCACUCCAGAACAGUACCAGCGCCUCAAACCGUACCCAGGGGCUCACGGCUGGGGAAACCUUGACAUUGACACUCUGGUGUCGACCCUGUCUGUUCUCAACACAUCGGCCAACUGGCACAUGUUUGAUGACUGGGAUCGUCGUAGCAACGGCUCGCAGUGUGUCUGCUGUGCUGUCGUGGGCAACGGAGGGAUUCUGAAGGAUUCAAAGAAGGGCCGGGAGAUUGACCAACAUGACUAUGUCUUCAGGACCAACGGAGCUGUGAUUAAGGGCUUUGAGCAGGAUGUGGGCUCUAGAACAUCCCUCUACACUUUCUCCACCAACACCCUCCGUAACUCCAUGAAGAGCUACGCUGGAGCGGGCUACAGAGGACCCCCGCUCUCUGAGGAGACUAGGUAUGUCUUCCUGCCAGACCAUGACAGAGAUUAUCUGCUGAUGAAAGCAGCCGCCACACACACUCCAGUAGAGAGAGGACCAGAGAAGAGCAAAACGCCACCCACAUACUUUGGAAAAAAUGUGAGUGUAGAAAAGUUCAAGAUGUACCAUCCAGAUUUCAUACGUUACAUCAGAAACAGGUUCCUCCGCGGCCAUGCCAUGCAGACCAAAUACAAGAACAUAUACCGUCCAUCAACAGGUGCUGUGAUGCUGCUGGCUGCUAUGCACACCUGUGACCAGGUGAGCGCGUAUGGCUUCAUGACUCCAGACUAUAAAAACUACUCUGACCACUACUAUGACAGCAGAUAUCACCCUGUGGGUUUCUUUAUCAACCAUGACCUGAAGAUGGAGAUGGCACUGUGGCAGCAGCUCCACCAGGCAGGCCUCAUCACGCUCUACAUGCACCAGUGAUCCCAGGAACUAACUCACUCCAGGUCACUAUGGCAACAACCACAUUAAUGACAUAAGUCUAUGGUAAUGACUCCAUCUCCACCACUGGCUCCCAAGGUUUGCCAACCCCCAACCCUACGAGAUUUAUAGAAAAAUUACUCCACGUCUGACUUUGUCAUUGCCUGCCAUGUUGGAGGUUAGCCAAUACUUCUGAGAAAAUGGUCUCCAUGGAGAUGGGCUUAGCCUAUCCUCUUGAGAAGUCUCUAACAGGGUGGAGGCAGGUUGCCAGGGAGACAGUCAUAGACUGUUGCUGACACUUGCUGAGUUACCAGGAAAAGCCUGGUAGCCUUUUUAUACUAUUUUAAGACCUUUUUUAGUAUUUUUAAACCAUUUCAGACAAUCAGCUUUUGUGGGUCUUAGUCAGACAUAUGCUUCAAAGAUCAUACCCCCAAGACAUGCUAACCUCCCCUGUUAUUGGUAAUGGUGAGAGGUUAGCAUAUCUUGUGGGUAUGAUCUUUGACCCUCCCUCUACCUU